CUUCUCCUUUCCCUGUCAUCCCCACUCCGCCGUCUCCUCGAGUCCCGGCGCCACACAGACAUCUCGCAGAUCUUAGUUGCAGCCCGUGGUGACCGGUCGCUAGCUGCCUCGCCGUUGGACUCCAGGGUAAACUUGUCAGCUAGACAAACGGUGAUACUGGAGAUCAAGGCUGCAGAAAUGGAGACAACACACAAGGAGGAAGCGAGGGCGGCUUCUAAUGAAGUUGCACUUUCUGGACCAGUCAUGGACGAGUGGGACCCAUGGAAUCCUCCCUAUCCUCCAUGCCGUCCUGCUCCCGAUCUUGACUUGAAGUCUCAUGCCCGGUUGGUCAGGGAGUGGUAUCAUGAAAGAAGUGAAAUUAUUGCUACAUCAAGAAGAACCAACAUAAUCAUUCCAGACCGUACUCCUUGGGAAGUGAAUGAAUCCUUCUACGAGGAACUUCCCAGCUUGUUGCCCAUACUGGAAAAGGAUAGCGUGAGGCGCUUCCUUCGCUUGUUCAGUCAAGUGGGGCUCAGCAUGGGAUGGGGUUUUAUCAUCACCCCACAAACCUUCACCCAGAUGGUCAAGCAAAAUGCUUUGAAAUGUGCUAAAGUUGCCUUGGAGGGCAAGGCACCGGAGCUUACUUGGUUCCGUGCCAACCCCAACUGCAUGAACCGUCAUGGAUAUUUCCCUCUCCACCAAGCUGCUGAAAUGUUUUCUGUUGACAUGGUCAAGUUGCUCUUCAGCUAUGGUGCAUCAGCAAAUGUACGCACUGCAGGAGCUCAUAUUGUUGAGGACCUACUCCCACUCCAUGUUGCAGUUGAGAACACUUGCCUGCAUAAGUAUCUGGAGGACAAUGCAUUUCCGGACCAGGAGGAUCUGGAAGACAGUCAGGCAAAUCUAAACUACAUUUGCAAGCUUAUUCAUCUGCUAUGCCUACCUGAGAUGAAAAUCUUCUUGGAUACGACUAGACUGCUCGCGGAAAAUACUGAUAGUCUUGUUAAUGAGCUCUGGAAUUACAUAAAGGAUGGAAAACUUGUUCAGACUGCAGUUUUACUCUUGGCAGCUCAAGAGCAGAUCCGUGGGGGACCAUCCUGCAAGAUUAAUGGCAGUAGCAAGCCAGACGGGUUUUCUAUUAAAUCAUCCCGCAAGAAAAAUGGCAAUGGCAAGCAAGAUGGGUUUUCUAUUAUCAUAAACCGUAUUCAUACCCGCACAAUUAACUUGGUGGUGCAGACAGAGACGGGUCAAAAGAAAAAGAAAAAUAAGGGGUUGGAGAUGGAGAAAAAGCUUACUUCUGCUGCAUUACUGCUUGUCCGUGCAAUUCUCAAAGUUGGUGAAGACCUUGAUGCAUAUAUUCGAUCACAUCCAGAGGUGCCCCAUAACAUGCGUGUAUCCCAUAAAGAGGUACAUGAACACGUCUCAUCUAUUCUCAAAGAUGGUGGUUUUUAUCCUCCUGGAGAAAGCAUCGACGUUGGAAAUCUCUGCCCCUAUGAGAAUGUAUUGUCCGAAAAAGAGUUGCCUAACAACCAUGGGGAUAUGUUCAGAGUCGAGGCGGGUUGUCAACAUUCUGCAAAAAAGGUUGUGAGAAACAGGAUACCUAGAGGAUGGGAACUCAAAUACGCACGGAGAAGUUUUUUCCCAUUUUGGAGAUCAGUUCUGAAAGCCAGGUCAUGUUUUAAGAUGAUCCGAUUAGAUGACAAACGCAGUCUCGAAGGGCUUGAAAAGUCUCGGGGUAAAUCAGCAGGUCUUGGAUCUUCACCGAUUCUGAAUCCCAACCUUGGUCUGCUGGGAAGGGCUUAUCAAUUUAGUAAACAUCAACCCAAAAGGAUGUUUUGUAGUGCUGCAUUGCCACUGCUGAAGGUGCUCAGAAAUGCGUGAGUGGAAGAGGUUCCUGCUCUCGUGCUUACUUGUCCAAGAUCUGCUUCGGGUGUAACCUUGCCGGUGACUAGGAACUGAUAAGCAACCUUACUAGCUUGUCUAGAGUGCUACUUAUUUUGCUAACUAUGCAUGGAGUAGCCUUACUCAAGCAUCAUGGGCUGAUGUGUCCACAGUCUGGUUAAAUUUGUACUACUGUUAUGCAACUGCAACUACUUUAGUAUCAUUUUGAACAGGGAUCUGAACAAAACAUGGAGACCAUUUUACGGUAUGAAUGUUUGAUAAUCAGUUCCUGAAUGCAAGCUACAAUUUGAGUAAUAGUAUUGCAUGGACAUUAUAUAUGUUGUUGCGGAGUCAA